ACUCAUUUCACAUUGCUUUGAAUUUUUAUUCUACAAAAUUUGUUUAUAAAUGUGACACAAACGUUUGGGGAAAUCUCAUGCGAAAUUCUUAUUUUGUGUAUUUCUAAAUUUUAAGUGCGUCCAAAAUCGUUUGUUAAAAAAGAAAAGAAUUUAAUAAAAUGUCCUACAGCAGCGGCAUCGAUUUUGAUUUUCUGCUCACAGAGGAUUUUCUGUUAUUCCUCGAUCUCUGUCGCGAUCCGAAUCAGGUCUUCACGCCGAACUCCGACGAAAGUUGCUUGGCGCAGCAGUGGCUGGACAAGCUGUGUCGUUACGAUUGCGCCGAUUUGGAUGAGCGCCGUCUGCGUAACAUCUACAUGAGCUAUCUGUGCUGCUGCCUCAUUGAGGGCGUAUUGAAGGGACCAUUUUCGGAUCAACCACGUGAUGGUCGUCUGCAAAUGGUGAACUUUAAUGCGGUGAAAAAGCAACCGCUCUCCUGCCCAGUAACCUGUCCAGUCAGAACGACUUAUAAAGGGUGUGAGACUCCCAAGACGACCAGCUGUGAACAACAGCUGGGCAGCUGUUACAGCAGUGACAAUGUCGGCACCAGCGUCGCUGGCGGCAGCAGUGUGGACAAUAGUGUACAUCGUGAGAUUAUGCGUUGCAGCACACCCGAGGUACGCUUCAGCACGGACAUACAAUGCGAGCCGAGUGCGAACGGUGGCGGCAUGAAACGUCGUUCGUCGGGCAAUGUCUUCAGCAAUUAUAUGAUGCGUGAGCUUAUAACGCCGAGCGCAUAUAAUACGCUUUCACCGGAGUGUAUGCCCUGUGACAUGUGUCAGGAAUACGAUGCAUUUGCGGGUGUGAAGGACACAUUCCGACGCGAUGUGGCCGUACUGCUGAAGGCAAUCGAGGCAGAACUGAGCGGUUAUGUCGGGAGUGGUUGCAAUAAGUAUUUGGAGAGUGAGCUGUUGCGUUAUAAGAAUUUCAUAAUGAAUUUCUCGAAUAUCGCGCGCGUUCUGAAUAAAUUGAAAUCGCAAUCGGCAUUACGUUCGUUUUUGCUGCUGAAUUUGCAAGAUGAUUUGAUCAAACUCAUCAAUGACAGCAUUUGAGUGGGGUGUUUCUAUGUGGUCGGGGUAUUUUGUAUUUGUUUUGUAGUUUGUUUGGCGAAAUAAAGUGAUUUAUGUAUAA